GUGCUGCCAGACGCCUCCAGGUGAAGAUUCCUCACCAGUCUUCACUAGUCACUCCUUGAAAUUCUCUCAUUUACUGUGAAAUUCCAAUCGAAUUGCCAGAUUUACGAGCGAAGGUGGUGUUAACGAGGACCAGGAGCUGUAGUGAUUAACGGAAGGCGGGAGGAAGUAGUGUAUAAUGUCGUAGAUGUGAAUAAUGUCAGGUAGGAGGAGUUUGAGGGGGCCGAGUUGACCUACUCUCUCGUUCUCCAUUACUGAUUAAAUAUAUAUAAUUUAAGUGAUAUAAAGUGAAGAUUGUGUGUGUAUGGAGAGAAGAAACUUCUUUAUUAAGUCCAGAUACAGGAAGAAACUUCUUUAUUAAGUCCAGAUACAGGACAGAUGAAUAAGGAGACUGGAAGGGAUCAGAACACGAACAAGACGGUGCCUUCCCCUGGGUGCUGCUCCUAACAUGUACACUGACUUGUACACUUGUGUAGUCCAAACUCUCUCUUAACUGUGAUAGUGAUGAUGAUGAUGAUGAUGAUGGUGAUGAUGAUGAUGAUGAUGAUGAUGACUGAAAGUAAUAACAACACUAACAAGAAAGAUCCUGGUUGCUAUUAUACACACACACACACACACACACACACACACACACAUUCGUACAGUUAUAUCAAGUCAAAACUCUAUGUUAACUGUAAGUAAAGAAGAAAAGAAAGAAGUAGAUGAAGAAGAAGAAGGAGGAGGAUCUAGAAAUGAGGAGGGAGAGAGCCUUUUGCUUGUCACCUCACACACUACACCUCAGUCAAGUUAAAUCUCGGUUGAACAUGUCAUCUCACCUCACAGUGUGAUCCGUCUAAGUGUACAAAUAUUAACCGGAGUGUAUUUAACAACUGGUCAAUUUUCGUGUUAUACAGGAAUCACUGAGAAGCAAAAAUAUUAGAAAAAAUAUACGAGUUGUCCAUUGAUUAUAUUUUGUAUCUCGUUUAUUGUGUUAACUUGUGUUAAGAUGGUGUUAACUUGUGUUACAGGUGUUAACUUGUGUUAAGAUGGUGUUAACUUGUGUUAAGAUGGUGUUAACUUGUGUUAAGAUGGUGUUAACUUGUGUUAAGAUGGUGUUAACUUGUGUUAAGAUGGUGUUAACUUGUGUUACAGGUGUUAACUUGUUAAGAUGGUGUUAACUUGUGUUAAGAUGGUGUUAACCUGUGUUGCAGGUGUUAACUUGUGUUAAGAUGGUGUUAACUUGUGUUAAGAUGGUGUUAACUUGUGUUAAGAUGGUGUUAACUUGUUACAGGUGUUAACUUGUUACAGGUGUUAACUUGUGUUAAGAUGGUGUUAACUUGUGUUAAGAUGGUGUUAACUUGUGUUACAGGUGUUAACUUGUGUUAAGAUGGUGUUAACUUGUGUUAAGAUGGUGUUAACCUGUGUUACAGGAUAUUAACAUGUGUUACAAAUGAUGUUAAUUAAUCUGUUACAGGAACUAAUCAAUCAGAAACUAACAUGUUAACUGACUAUAUAAAUAUGUGUAGAAAAAUAUAUGGAGCAUAAACGGAAGAUUUGUAAAGACCAAAGCGUCCAUGGCUAGUCCCAGACUACCAUACAGAGCGUCCAUGACUAGCCUCUAGCCCUCAGACUACCAUACAGAGCGUCCAUGACUAGCCUCUUGCCCUCAGACUACCAUACAGAGCGUCCAUGACUAGCCUCUUGCCCUCAGACUACCAUACAGAGCGUCCAUGACUAGCCUCUUUCCCUCAGACUACCAUACAGAGCGUCCAUGACUAGCCUCUUGCCCUCAGACUACCAUACAGAGCGUCCAUGACUAGCCUCUAGUCCUUAGACUACCAUACAGAGCGUCCAUGACUAGCCUCUAGUCCUUAGACUACCAUACAGAGCGUCCAUGACUAGCCUCUAGUCCUUAGACUACCAUACAGAGCGUCCAUGACUAGCCUCUUGCCCUCAGACUACCAUACAGAGCGUCCAUGACUAGCCUCUAGUCCUUAGACUACCAUACAGAGCGUCCAUGACUAGCCUCUAGUCCUUAGACUACCAUACAGAGCGUCCAUGACUAGCCUCUAGUCCUUAGACUACCAUACAGAGCGUCCAUGACUAGCCUCUUGCCCUCAGACUACCAUACAGAGCGUCCAUGACUAGCCUCUUGCCCUCAGACUACCAUACAGAGCGUCCAUGACUAGCCUCUAGUCCUUAGACUACCAUACAGAGCGUCCAUGGCUAGCCACCAGCCCUCAGACUACCACAUAGAUCGUCCAUGGCUAGCCACUAGCCCUCAGACUACCAUAUACAGCAUCCAUGGCUAGCCUCUAGCCCUCAGACUACCAUACAGUCUGGAACUAAUGCCUGGUCCUCUAGCCUGUAGCACCAAGACUGUGACUGUCUACUUUCUAAUCCCUAAUCAUAGGAUGCUAGAUAUAGUCUGCCAGACCAGGGCUACCGUCAUGCGGCUAUCGCACAGUAGACCUAAGUUACUGCACUCUCGUACCUAGCCUGUAGCCUUUAAUACUGUAUUUUUUAUCCCUGAAUACGUAGUCUGGAGGCCUAAGCCCCUUCCCCAGUCCUCUAGUCUCCAGCCCUCUACACCAUUCACCAAUCUUCUACACCGUUCCCCAAUCUUCACCAUUCCUCAGUCCUCUACACCAUUCCUCAGUCCUCUACACCCGUUUCUAUUUCCCUUCACCUGCUGGAGUUAUCGUCGUCUACCUUGGAACAUGGGCGGUGUGGGCGUGUGGGCGAUGACUCUCUGCAUUAUAUUCUUGUCACAUCCAUGUUCAGCUUAUCUUCCCAUCAGACACUGUCAGGUACACCAAGACUGCUACCCAGGAGAGUACUGUAAGGACCAACAAGGAUGUACGUGUCAGAGGGACUUCGUACGUGAGCCAGGAGGGGCGUGCCUGGCCCUACGACGUGCCGGAGAGCCGUGCCUUAUAGACCAGCAGUGUUCCAAUCUUGACCACCGCCUUCUCUGCUACCACGACAGGUGUGGGUGUCCUAAUGGGCUGACCCGAGCUGACGGUACCUGCGUGUCAGCGAUCACCCCUGCCACCCCUGUCUUCACCCUGCCACCCACUGGUGCCGCCCCGGCUAGCCUUGCCAGGAAACCCACCAUGACACGAGGAACUGGAGGCUCUGUGGCCCAGCCCAUCAUUAUUUGCCUGGUCAUAUUCAUCUCCUUCUGCAUAAUGAUGAUCGUCAUCACCUAUAGCUUCCGCGCUCGCAGCCGCCGCCUGGCUGUCAGGACAACCUACAGGGAGGUCAUCGCUGCUGAUUUAAGCAAUGGAUCCUUUACUGAUCUCAGCUCCGACACCAAUCUCGGGGAUAUUCCCCUCGACUACAGGGCCACAGUACCACUUCCCCCAUCGUAUAAACAGUCUAUUCUCCGUCCUACUACCCUCUCCAGCUCCUCAACUAUACCUAUCAUAUCCAGCAGGUACUCCAGCUGCACUGCCAGUAUAGAGACAGUGCCACGUACCUUCUCCUCACCUGACACUGCGUCAAGUGUGAGCUAUGGUUCCCUGCUGACAAGGUCACUGCUGCUGACACCAGACAUCGCACCCUCAAUAACAGAUCUGACAACGGCUAGUGUUUAUGACAGUCGCAUCCCAUCAUAUCACGAACGAUACUAAAGAUAUGUGCAGCUCCUGAAUGACUAACACCUACAGCUGACAAUAAAAAAAUUAGAAACACCUGCAACUGACAACAAAGACUAACAAACACCUGCAGCUCAUAAUGAACAUUCAAACACUUGCAAUUCAUAAACAGAACUUGGAUCAAAUCUGAUUGACUUCCAGACAAUCAAAUUUAAUCCAAGAAAGAUGCAAGUAAGUACAAUUUCUUGAAUCAAGACCUGUCACCAGCAUCACCGAACCUGCCUCGAGGGGAAACAGGUCUUAUACACGGUCACUACAUUACAGUUGUUUUUCCAUACACUGGACCAUAAAAUGGACCUUACGCUCUAACAAAAAAUAAAUUAUACAAUGAUGCUCGUAUAAUGUGGCACUUUUAUGAUAUGCAAAAUUUGAAAGUAUUUUCUAAGCGUUUUAAAGCAUUCUUAGGAAAUGUUAAUUUUUAAAUUAAAAUUUACGAUUUUUUAGUUAAAAAAAAAAUGAAUUUUUAUAUUUAAUUUAAAUACUGACUGGAUCUUGAAGAAAAUAUAAAUUUGAUUUUUGAAAAAAAAAAAAAAAAAAACAUACUUUUAAUGUUUAUGCUGGGAGAUAUUAAACAGCUGGUCACAGACCGGGCCGCGGGGGCGUUGACCCCCGAAACUCUCUCCAGGUAAACUCCAGGUAAUACACAAAAUAACAACUAAAACAUAUUAACCACCACACAGAGAAGAGACUUCUUAGAACUGUACAAACUAAUCACCAAAACACCUGCAUCAAACCUUCUAUUACUUACCAAACCAUACCACAGGCAGGAAUAGAACCCGUGAUCAGAGAAUCUGGACUUUCAUGACUCGGAUCACAGGUUCUAUCCCCACCCGUAGUAUGGUUUGUUUGCAAUCGUGUCAUUAUGAUUUCAUGAGUCUUCUUUUACUUAGAUCAUUAUUUAUUAUCACAAUCAAAAAGAAGCGCUAAACCUACAAGGGUCAUACGCUUUUACUUAGAAAACUAAAACACUUUUGGCUCUGAAUGUUGCUCCUGAGUAGAACUCAGGUAGGUUGAGAUGUGUUAGGUUAAGUUUGGUUAUUCUUAGUUAUUUUUAGGUUAGGUUUUUCGUAAACAUUAGAUUUUUUUUAAUAAUUCACUAAUUAAAAAUUUUUUUAAAACAAUAAACACAAAACAUAUACUAUCUCCAGUUAAUGCCACUCGACACAGUAUCGUUUAAACUGUUUCAUUGGCUAAGUCCACCGAGGAGCAACAGUCAAUUAGGCAUUACCGAACUUUCAGCAGCGAAAGCUUUUAUUAUCCAGUGGACCCCCGGUUUACGAUCACCUCCCAAUGCGACCAAUUAUGUAAGUGUAUUUAUGUAAGUGCGUUUGUACGUGUAUGUUUGGGGGUCUGAAAUGGACUAAUCUACUUCACAAUAUUCCUUAUGGGAACAAAUUCGUUCAGUACUGGCACCUGGACAUACUUCUGGAAUGAAAUAAUAUCAUAAACCAGGGGUCCACUGUAGCAGGUUUAACCCCACAGUGGAACCAUCAGGUAUGGGUCUUUUAACUUUACGCAGCUUCUAUUAUGUGACGUCUAGUUCCAGUCAGCAGAUCAAUACAUUACAAAUUACCUCACGAUCUAUAUAAGUCAAUAAUUAACCAAGUCCUCCCUAUACCCUUUGUUCAUUCUUAUGAACAACCAUACACCUGAUCACUCUUGUAAACAACUGUACACCUGAUCACUCUUGUAAACAACUGUACACCUGAUCACUCUUGUAAACAACUGUACACCUGAUCACUCUUGUAAACAA